AUGGAGAAAGAGCAGAGAAAGCCCUAGGAGACAUUGAAUACGAAAUCGCAAUUUGCAGAAAUCAAGUCAGAACCGAGAAAGCCCAUGGAGGCACUCCACCGUAUAUCUCUUCGUCUCCUUCCUAUAUCACUAGCCGAAAGGUGCCUCCUAACUGCUUCAACGACCACGACAUUGCCCCCUGCUCGAAUAUCACUAUUCAAGGCUCGUAAUUCACUGUUCAAUGGGAACCUCACUGCCUCAAAAUCUUUCAGCUCGGGAUCUCCUAGUGGGGUGGCCAAAGCAGGAUGGUUUCUGGGUCUUGGAGAUGAUAAAAAAAUGAGCUUGCCUGACAUUGUCAAAGCCGGCGAUCCGGUUCUGCAUGAACCUGCCCAAGCAGUUAAUCCUAACGAAAUAAGCUCGGAGAGGAUUCAGAAGAUUAUCGAUGAUAUGAUAAAGGUCAUGAGAAAGGCUCCCGGGGUUGGCCUUGCUGCUCCACAGAUUGGAAUUCCCUUGAGGAUAAUUGUUUUGGAGGAUACAAAAGAAUAUAUUAGUUUUGCUCCAAAGGAAGAGAUAAAAGCUCAAGAUAGGCGACCCUUUGAUCUUUUGGCUAUCAUAAAUCCAAAGCUAGAGAAGAGAAGCAACAGGACUGCCCUAUUUUUUGAAGGGUGCUUGAGUGUCGAGGGAUUCAGAGCUGUGGUGGAGCGAUACCUUGAUGUUGAGGUUACAGGCCUGGAUCGUAAUGGUGAACUCAUCAAAAUAAAUGCUUCUGGUUGGCAGGCUCGAAUAUUACAGCAUGAGUGUGAUCAUCUUGACGGAAUCCUCUAUGUCGAUAAAAUGGUACCCAGAACUUUUAGAACGGUAGAAAACUUGGGCUUACCUCUGGCCCAGGGCUGCCCCAAACUUGGACCCCACUGACCCCUGGUUUUGAUGCUGCUGCUGCAUUUACUAGAUUAUCAAUGCAUUUUUCUUAUGCAUGUUAGUGAGGAUUUUAAAUUAUGUGGGUCUAAACUGGAGCCUGUCAUCUAGAUGAUUGAAUGUUGUCUCAAUUAAUUUGAGCAUAUGGGGAAAGCCAAUAAGUUUUGUUGUAUUAUGUUCCUAUAGCGACUUUUUUUUCUCCAUAAUGUUAUCUUUUCCAAUCAAAUUCACUUUA